AGAGACCCAACUAGAAAAGUGCCAAUUGGAAUCAUCGGCUCCAUUACUGUGUGCUGGGUUGUCGGAUGGUGUAUUUGCAUCGUCUUGUGUGCUUGCAUCAAAGAUGGAGACAUCACCAGAGUCAUUGAGUCUGACACGGGUAUGGUCGUUGCACAAAUCAUCUACGAUUCCUUGGGAAAAAAAUGGGCCAUAGCUUUCAUGGCAUUGAUUUGCGCAGCCCAGUAUAUGAUGGGUGCUUCGAUUCUCAUUGCCUUGUCAAGACAAGUUUUCUCCUUCGCCAGAGAUGAAGGUUUGCCUUUCGUGUACAACUACGUGAAGGUCAUUAACCCAAAAAUUAUGGUUCCUCUUCGUGCUACGCUCUUCUCGGGAAUCUUGUCUUGUAUCUUGGCCUUGUUGAUUUUGAUUAAUUCCACGGCAGCAAACGCACUUUUCUCUUUGGCUGUUGCAGGAAACUUGCUUGCGUGGGGUGUCCCCAUGCUUUUGGUUAUCCUUCCCACAAAGGCUGCAAAGAGAUUUGUGCCAGGACCUUUCUACUCUAAGACGUUUUUCUACCCUGUUAACAUCAUUUCUUGCUUGUGGGUGGCCUAUGUCAUUGUAAUGUCCAUGUUCCCAGACAGCAAGACGGUUACAAAAGACACUAUGAACUACACGUGUGUCAUAAAUGGAGGAGUGUGGUUAUUGUCUUUGGUGUACUUUUUUGUUUACGGUUACAGACACUACCACGGUCCUAAGUCUAAUCUUACAAGCGACGACACUGAUGUGUACGAGGAAGAACUGUACACACAUGGGGAAAAGGGACAUAUGACUUAA